CGGGGCUCAUUCUGGGCUCCGCUGCCGCUCCUAUGCGGGCUGCGGCCGCCGCGCUCGCAGCACCGUGGGCCCUGGCGGGCGGCCCCUCCGGGCAGCGGGUCGCGUCCCGGCCCCGCCGGCGCUGCCCCGGAGCGCCAUGAGCUCGGAGCCGCCCCGCGCCUCGCUGCUCCGCGCCCUCUUUAAGAUGGAGCCGGCGGCGGCCGCCUCCGAAGUGCUGGGGGGAGCCUCGGAGUUCGUGAAAGAUCGGUUGUACUUCGCUACUUUACGAACUAAACCGAAAAGUACCGUAAAUACCCAUUACUUCUGUACCGAUGAGGAACUGAUCUAUGAAAAUUUCUAUGGAGAUUUUGGACCUUUAAAUUUGGCAAUGUUAUACAGAUACUGCUGUAAACUAAAUAAGAAAUUAAAGUAUUUCAGUCUAUCAAGAAAGAAGAUUGUGUACUACACCACUUUUGACCAGCGGAAGCGAGCGAAUGCAGCAUUUUUAAUAGGUGCAUAUGCUGUUAUAUACUUGAAGAAAACACCAGAAGAAGCUUACAGGACACUUGUAUCUGGAUCUAAUCCACCAUAUCUUCCAUUUAGGGAUGCUUCAUUUGGGAACUGCACAUACAAUCUUACGAUCUUGGACUGUUUACAGGGAGUAAAUAAGGCCGUGCAGCAUGGAUUUUUUGACUUUAAGACAUUUGAUGUGGAUGAAUAUGAACACUAUGAGCGAGUGGAAAAUGGUGACUUCAACUGGAUUAUUCCAGGAAAAUUUUUGGCUUUUAGUGGACCACACCCAAAAAGCAAACUUGAAAAUGGUUAUCCUCUUCAUGCACCUGAAGCCUACUUUCCCUAUUUCAAGAAGCAUAACGUCACAUCAAUCAUAAGACUAAACAAAAAGAUUUAUGAGGCAAAACGCUUCACUGAUGCUGGUUUUGAACAUUAUGAUCUGUUCUUCAUCGAUGGCAGCACACCAAGUGACAGUAUAGUGCAGAGGUUCCUGAACAUCUGUGAAAAUGCUGAUGGUGCCAUUGCAGUACAUUGUAAAGCUGGCCUGGGGAGAACAGGAACGCUGAUUGCCUGUUACAUAAUGAAGCACUACAAGUUCACACACGCUGAAGCCAUUGCUUGGAUACGAAUAUGUCGCCCGGGCUCUAUUAUAGGACCCCAGCAACACUUCUUGGAAGAGAAGCAAGCAAUGUUGUGGCGGGAGGGAGAUCUCAUCCGAUCAAAGCAGAAACAGCGAGGGGUUGAUGGAAACAUUAACAGAGUUCUUUGUGGCUUGAAUGACAUUUCCAUCAGUGACAGUCUGAAUAAAGCACAAGACUUGGAUCAGUGCAAGGAGAAUGAUUCUGAUGACAAAGAUGUGGACGCUCAGAAUGGGAUGACACAGGGAGAUAAGCUGAAUGCCUUAAAAAGUCGGAGACAGCCUUGUUCCCUUACAACUGGAGCUCUGAGCCAACCUGAGACACACAGAUAUGAUUUGGCAGAGGGGAAAGGAUUUUUAUCCUUGGAUAAAGAUUGCUGCUUUUGUUUCUUUAGGCUGCAAGACAUGAAACUGCACACCAGGUCAUUUUCACAACCUUUCAGACUGAAUACUUCAGGUAGCACAGAAGGAUCCAUAUCUCCUCUGAAGGCCUCCAGAGUGGUAGCAGUUACUUCACCAUCUGCAGAAAGAAUAAGCAGACUUUCCAUGUCCUCAGGCUCUAAUCUUAAAAGCGUUUCCAUAAACUCCAGACUAGCCAGUUCUCUAGGGAACCUGUAUGCUGCUUCAGAUGAUGAUGAGAGCAAAAUGACAUCACUGUCCUCUAGGACAGGUUUUUCUGUAAGCCAUAUCUCCAGUCACCUGAAUAGCAGCUUGCAGCUGCCACACAGAAAAAACCAUGAACUGAACAACAACUUAUACAACAGAAACAGCAGUAGUGGCACCAACCUGGGCAGCCCAAGCAGUUUUCACAGCGCCGUGGCAGAUGAGUACGCGCCAGCCUUCCUUUAUGGGCCUUACAGCUCCUCCAGCACCCUACCAGAGUCCAUUCCUUCCCUUCAGUCUGAGUAUGUUCAGUACUAAAGCCUUGCUGCUUUGGUGAAACCUGCUGAACUCUUCAAAUCGACGUCCUUCAUGGUGGAGAAGAACUGAAGAAAAAAAGCUGCUCAUUAAAAGGAGGAACCUUCAAUGAAAGAUGUAUCAAAACCUUAACACCAAGAGGAUACUUCUUAACAGGCAGAAAUUUAUUGUUAAUGACUACUGGAGAUGCACUGAAGUUGAAUUUAUGGAAGUUACUACCCAUAUUAUAUACAAAUUUAAAUUUUUUAUGCUGAGACAGCUUGAAUAUAUUUCUAAUGAAUUUCAUUAAGACAUUUAUUAACUUGUGUACAGUGUUAAAAUAUGUAUUAAGAGAAUAUUUUGGUAAGCUAUAUAUAAAAAUUAUGUAAAAACUAGAAUAUAUUUUAAUUUAGUGUCUACUUUGCUACAGAAAUGUGUAUUUUAAAGAAUUUGUACAUGUUUAUCAAAGAUAUACAUUUUUUUAUGGACAAGAGAUUUUGUUUGUUUUAUGGGUCCAUCAUUAUUGCUUAGAGCCUAAUGUAAUUUACUUUUUUACUAAUUGGUCUUCUGGUAAUUUGAUGGAAGUCUUACUAGUGAGAGAUUUGUUAUUACAGUCUCUACUAAAAGCACUCGAUACAUAGUCUGCUUUCCACUUCUGGCUGCUAAUGUUUCUUAAGGAAACACUAUGAAAGAAAAAGAAAGGGAAAAUAGUUGUUGAGAUGUGAUGUAAUUACGUCUUCUACUGCAAAAAAAAAAAAAAGUAAUUUAUGUGGUGACUCAGUUGUACAAUUAACACUCUUUCAAUUUGUCUUAAAGGAUUUUUGUUUUCUGUGUAGAAUGUUAACUUUUGCUAUGCAAUAUAUGCUGCAAAAAUGAAGGCAGACCAAACUGAAGUUGGUACAAAUGUACAGUGAAUUAGGUGGCACUGCAUACUUGCAGGCUUUUAACCUACAUUUGGCAGUAUGUGUACAGUUUCCUUAGCAACACACAGUAAAUGUUGGACAUAAAUUAAAUUUUUAUCUGUCAGUUGGAUGCUUUGUAAACCUUUACAUUUGUUGUUAAGCAUAUGGCUGAGGUAGCUUCCUGUAUUGUUGAAGGCUUUUGUCACAGUAAAAAUUCUCUUUACUCUGUGGAAGUACAGGUCAGACAGAUGUGAUCAGGAACGAGGCUUAGGAUGAAAUGGUGUUACAGGGAGGCUCUAAAGAUCAUGUGGAAAAUGUUCAGAACUUACCAGUGCAUGGUAAGGAAAAGAAUAUAAGCAGCUGUGAGGAUUUGAUUUGCCCCUCCUGUACAAGACAAAACCAAAACAGAUUCGUUACCUGUUUGUUUUUCCAAUAUCUGCAGAAACUUGAAAAUAAAAGUUGGAUUGUCAGUUGUUCGGGAAGACCUGUGAACACCCUGCAUUUGCUUUACAACUGAAAGUUAAGUGCUACAUCAUUUUUUAAAAGAAUUAGAUCACAAAUUGCUAUGGAAAGUUGUACUGAAAGUGUUAAAAAGCGAUACUGAGAGCAGCUGUAAAAAUCAAAAUCACUGAAUAAAAUUUACAUGCAAUAAUGUACAUUUUUGCAACUGUGUAUAUGUAACAUAUACACAUACAAAGUAGCAUAUGUGUGUGCAUAUAUAUACAAUAUACUGUAUAUGAAUUGUAGAUUAAUGGUAAGGGAAUUCUACCUCUCAAAGAAUUUUCUCAUGUACUUUGUUAUAAAUAGUUUUCCUUAAUUAAAAUACUGAUUAAUUUUGAAAUGUAGAUAUAUAAAUAUACAUGCAGCUAAUUGAUAAUAAAAUGCCUGUAUAAGCCA